AGACCUCCCGGACUGUGACUACGCGACAAAAAUGACUUAAAUAAGCAGUCGUUUUUGAAACACCAAAACACUAGUGUGCUCAGAAAUACAAUACCCCAAAAUAUUGUUUUAUUACGUCCACGUGAUUCCACUUGUGUACAAAAGUGCCACCUGAAAGAACAAUUUGAGGGCACAAUCUUUUUUUUUUUUUUUUGUACAUCCACAUGACUCCAUCGGUAUCACAUACUUCCUGGUUGGCCCUUAUUGUCCCAAGAACUGUGGAGGAUUCCGGACUCGUCAGGGAAGUACCGAGGUAGCUCAGACGGAAAGGAGCGCUUUCCAGCCAAUACUAAUUUACGAAUUAGUGAAUUAACACCUCGCCGAAAGUGCAAGUGAAAGUGUGACCGCAGCUGUGUGGACAGCAGCCGCAGCCCGGUGAUGUUAGCCGGGUCUACGCUAACAUAACCCGGGGAGCGGCGAAGCGAACGCGAGCCUUUUCACUUAAAGUGACUUCAAUUCGAAAGAGUAGAAACAGCUAAAUGACCAUUUCGCCAAAGUGCCAGGAGAGUGAGGAUGCGGUUAAAGCCUCGGCCGGUGUAGAAUGAAGAGCCCGGCUCGCAGCACCAGGGACAUCGAGCGUCAGGCUGGCUACCUGAGGCCGGAGCACUGUGCCCCUCCCCCGCCUCGCGGCGCCUCCGACACCAUGUGGUUCAUCCGCGACGGCUGCGGAAUCGUGUGCGCCGUCAUCACGUGGUUGCUGGUCUUUUACGCCGAGUUCGUGGUGAUGUUCGUGAUGCUGUGGCCCGCUAAGAACGUGGCCUACAGCCUCUUCAACGGUGUGCUAUUCAACAGCUUGGCCUUUCUCGCCCUGGCUUCGCACGCCAGAGCCAUGUGCACUGACCCAGGAGCUGUGCCUAAAGGAAACGCCACCAAAGAAUUCAUUGAAAGCCUCCAACUCAAACCGGGACAGGUGGUCUACAAGUGUCCUAAAUGCUGUAGCAUCAAGCCUGACAGAGCUCACCACUGCAGUGUGUGCAAACGCUGCAUCAAAAAGAUGGACCACCACUGUCCUUGGGUCAACAAUUGCGUCGGCGAGAACAAUCAGAAGUACUUUGUGCUGUUCACGAUGUACAUAGCGUUAAUCUCAUUCCACGCGCUGGCCAUGGUGGGCUUCCAUUUUGUAUUUUGCUUGGAAGAAGAUUGGACAAAGUGCAGCGCCUUCUCUGCACCAGCAACGGUCAUCCUCCUCAUUCUCCUGUGCUUCGAGGGGCUUCUGUUUUUAAUUUUCACCGCAGUCAUGUUCGGGACACAGGUGCACUCCAUCUGCACCGAUGAGACAGGUAUCGAGCAGCUGAAAAAGGAGGAGAGAAAAUGGCUGAAAAAGUCAAAAUGGAUGAAUAUGAAGGUCGUAUUCGGUCACCCGUUCUCUGUGGCCUGGUUCAACCCGUUAGCGACGCCCGAUCAUGGCAAGGCAGACGUAUACCAAUACAUAGUGUGACCCCAAAAACGACGCAUUCCUCCAAUAACGGAUGUCAAAUAAACCACAAUUUAUUCAACUCCUCUUCACGAUGUUGCGUCCCUCUUGCUACGGAUUUCCACAAAUGUGGGGCACGGGGAAAAAAAAAAUACAAACACUGCUCAACUUAAAACUGUAUGAAUUGACGUUCUUAUGUGUGAUGGUAACCGUUGUCACAACGUGCACUAUAAAUCCAGGACUGUCUUCCUGUACAGCUUGGUUUUCUGCAGUAAUUUCAACUGACCACUGGUGGAAUCGCCUUAGGAUAUUGGAAAGAGGCAUCAUAGAUGUCAUUUUGUAUUGUCUUAAUAUGUGAAACAAUGGACCAUGAACGUUCAAAUUAUGCUAUCAUGACAAUAUACUGUAAGGGUGAAUAUUAAAAUCCUGUAUUUCCUCA